AUGGUAUACCUCUUUGGCCUUGCUGUCGUGUUUAUCGCUGUGAUACUGUUCUGGGUCGCCGCAUCGCCAACAGCGAGUAGACCCGAGCUGAUUAUUGUCGAGGACGAUACGCUGCCGCCGCACCUGAUUGUCGAUAUGCCGCCGCGUACGCCGUGUCCAGGAUUGGACGGCGGGCUCGAACCAGCGCCGGGGUAUACGACACGACCGGCGACGCCGCGGCCCAUGCAGCCCCCGGCCGAGCUAGAACUGCACAUGGCGUCGUUUGGCCCCCCGGUUUCUGUUGCGCCGUCCUCACCAAUAGCGAUCGACGUCACGCGCAUGCCGGCGCGCCCUCAGACAGCUCGGAGGAAGCAUAACCAGCGACGCGGGGGACGGGUUGCCGAGGUGGCGUUUAUUGCGACUGUCUAG